AUGGGCGACACUACAGCCCUCGGUUCAGCGACAGCUGAGCAGCUCAACAAUGCAGAAACAAGAAGACUUCUCGAUACUAUUGAUGGCCUUCGAGAUUUGAGCAUUGCCGGCAUCGACCUGCCCCAGAUCAUCGUGGUGGGCGAUCAAUGCUCAGGCAAGAGCUCCGUUCUAGAAGCGAUAUCUCGGGUUCAUUUCCCCGUCAGCGAUGGCAUCUGCACUCGGUUUCCUACAGAGCUGGUGCUUCGAAGGGCGCCUAUAGAUAGCACUGACUUGAGAAUUCGAUAUGCGACUGAUGUUGAUGCUGCUAAUCAACCGCGCAUGCCGUUUCAUGAGACCGGAUUCCAAAGAUCGGAACUGCCCGAUAUCAUCAGUAGAGCAAAGAAGCACAUUGACAUUCCGUCGCUGACUCUAGUUGACCUGCCAGGAAUAUUCCAUUCUGGGACAUCGUCACAACCUCAAGAAUGGAAGGCAACCGUUGACUAUAUGGUUGGGGACUACAUGAAACAGAAAAACAGCAUCAUUCUCAUGGUCGUAUCGGCAGACCUCUCUUUGUCCAAGCAUGCAAUCCUCGACAUGGCUCUCCAGCAUGACACGGCAAGGGAGCGCACGAUUGGAGUCAUCACAAAAGUCGAUCUCUGUCCAGGGUCAAAUCUAGAAGAUGAAUAUCUGCGUCUCAUCAAGAGCAGUCUGCCCGAGCUCAUCAGAGACAUUGAUGGCAAUUUGCAGAAUCGCCAAAGGCGUCUCGCAAAGCUGGGAACAACGAGGACCACUUCCGACGAGAUGCGUGAUUAUCUUCUUAGCACAUCAACGGCUUUUCACAAAUUGGCAGAGCAUGCAGUGGAGGGAAGAUAUAAUGAUCCAUUCUUCGCUACCCCCUCAGACCCAGAAGCAAGCAGCAAAGUCAAAUUGCGCAAGUUGAGAGCAUUGCUUCGAAACUUGAAUUAUGUAUUUGACUUUACGAUGAGGGAAAAGGGAGCCAAGUACAAGAUGAACUGGGACGAACCUCAGCCCAGAGAGAACCCAUUGAAUGGUUUAACUGACGAGGAAAUGCUGAUCGAUGCCUUGGGCGAUAUGCCUAUCAAUUCCGAUUCAUACUUCAACCUAUACGACUUUCCAGAUUCAGUAGUAGAAGACAAAGGCGCGGAAUUCUCUGGGCUACCGAGCAACGAUUUCAUCAUGCAGCUUUUCCGAGACCAGUCUGAGCCGUGGCAACGCAUAAUAUUCGACUACAUCUUGGAAGACGACGAGAGAACAAGAGACGCAAUCUUGACCGAGUGUGUAGAUCCGUUCUUCGAUUCAAUGAACAAUACGCUCAAGGACAAACUCGACGAAAUUAUGCGUCCUUAUACAUCCGGACAUGGAAUCCCGCUUGAGAUAGAAUUCCGAGCGGGAGUAUGGAGGCGCAAACUUAGGCGCAUGAAAUCCGAUUCUGCAGAUCUCCUUGAUAAAAAUUCUAUCGCUUACAACACAACGGAGUAUCGGAUGCUAAAGCCUGAAGAUGUUUUAAACGUCCUGAUUCAAAGCGAUACCAGCAAUUAUAGCCAUUUCGGUAUUGACAUUGCCGUUGACAUGAUGUUGACACAUUACCAGAUGAGCCGGCGAACAUUCACGGAUAACGUCGUCCACCUAGUUGUCGAGAAUUGCCUGAUCUCAAAGCUCCCCGACAUCUUGAGCGCAAGAGUCGUCACACAAAUGAGCGACGAGAUUGUGAAGAGACUGGUCGAAGAGUCGGACGAAGUCAAAAGAGAAAGGAGCCAACUGGCGGACGAGAUUGAGAAAUUGAAGACGGGUUUGCAAAGCUGCCAGCGUUCUCGGCCCAGAGACUUUUCAGAUUUACCAGAGGCAUUUGUCGAGAUGGCACCCAAGAGAGAUGCGCCAAAGACAGUUGCACCAAAGACAGAUUCUCCCAAGACAGACGCUCUUGAGACAGAUGUUACUAAGAGAAAGAUCCGAGUCAAGCUGCCUCCUGUUUCUCUGCCAGAAAGAAAAAUAGCUGCUCCGAACAGCAAGUUUCUAGCGAGUUUUGAGCCCGCAACAACAGCAUCUACAUCUUCAACCAACAGCGGACAAUCGACGACCGCUGAGUCGAGCAAGCAAGGCCAGACUUCUACAGCUCCUACUCCUACUCCUCUUCCGUUUGGUAUGAGAAUGGAACCCACGACGGCUGCUCCUAAAUCGUCCGUCUUUGGUUCUACUACGACAUCAACAUCGACGGCUACGACAACUCCGCUGCCGGUUUUUGGUUCGACAACGGCUGCGGCGACUACUUCCACAGCAUCGCCUUUUGGUUCAACGGCGACCACAACGAAUACUUCCACAACGUCAGCCUUUGGCUCAACAGCAGCGACCACUUCUACACCAUCGGCCUUUGGCUCAAUUGCUGCGAACACUACUAGGCCGUCUGCUUUUGGUUCGAUGGCAACUGGUACUUCUACAAUAUCAGCUUUUGGUUCAACUGCAGCAACUAUUUCUACCCCCUCAGCCUUUGGUUCAACUGCUGCCACUACUUCUGCUCCAUCAGCUUUUGUCUCGACAGCAACUAGUACCCCUACGCCGUCGGCCUUCGGUUCAAUUGCUGCGACCACUUCAAAGCCGUCAGCUUUUGGUUCGACUGCAGCGACUACUUCUACUCCAUCAGCUUUUGGUUCGACGGCGAUAAGCUCUUUCUUUGGCCCAAAGCCUGCCAUUCCCUCUACAAGAUCAUCAAUCUUCGGCUCAACAACUGCAGCUCCUCCCUUUAACUCGGCAACCACAACAGCUUCCAUUAUCACACCGUCGGAUCUUGGUUCCAACACAACACCUGCCGUUGCUGCACCAGCAUUUGGUUCUUCUUCUACACCGUCAGCUUUCGGUUCAACGGUAGGCCCUCCGAGUCGCAUUGGCUUAUUUGGGACGACUUAUUCCAUUUACGAUCCUCCCGGCACGAAUAUUCUUACAUAUCAGGCUUAUCUUGAACAGGACCCUGGUUACCCAGGGAAUCUGAUACUAUCGUUUGCCAACAUCGCGUGUCAUGGCUGUUACAAGAGCUGGUCUGUUGAUGAGCUGAGAUUGGUAGAUUACGCGCAGGGCAGACGACCGCCAGUAAAAGACACUGCGCCGUUUGGAAGUUCUGCGGCGUCACAGCCUCAAAGCCCGGAGGAGACAUCUAGUGGAUCGACUUCUCCGCCUUCGACACUGAAUACGCUGAUUGAGGGUACUCCGCCACCAGUUCCUCCAAAGGGGCAUGCUGCUUCGGGGAGUACAUCGGAUCUGUUACUUUGA